UUAGAACAGAACUCUACGAGCAGUGAUUAGGCUGGGCUGGCCUUAUUGGUAGAAGAAAUAGGAAUACACUGGGGGGUAGUCACCGGGCUAGCACUAUAGAUCGUAGACAUUCCAAUGCUCGUCCUCAUCUAGUGACAUACCAAAAAAAAAAAAAAGAACCUUCGUGAUCGUAUUGUGCUUAAUCACGACAUAUCAUAUUCAAGAGGGUCUUAGAGCACGCCGAAAGCACCAAUGUCGCAGAAGAAACGAGUAAGCUCACGCCAUAAUGACACUACGCGCCGUAGGAAGCUGUCACCUCAUCUCCAAGUCUGGUUUUGUUACGAAUGCCAAUUUGGGCCGAUGAAUGAUGCACUCGACGAGAUCUGUGUGAAUUGUGGGAAACGAAGGUGUAGUCGUUCAAAGGCUGAGUGGGUGCCAGUUGGGGGGAAGCCACUUCUUGAUAUACCAGUCCCGGGCUUCCAGCAGUAUGAGGCUCUGCCAAAGGCCAGCCAUGUAAUACCCCAUAAUUAUUAUGACUGUAGCCACAGAGCCGCAACACCACUCGACCACGCCGGGAGUGCAAUAUCCAGUAAUGAGUUGGCCUUCUCGCCCUUGCCACUGAACCAACCUUAUCUCGUCGGUACCGGUACCAGCAUCGGCACCAGUACCCAGUCCGAAACAUCUACGCAGCAGAGUAGUGACCUUGCACUGGGGAAGUGGAAUUUAGGUCUCGGUCUUGUACCAAUACCUUUCCAUGAGCCUUUCCAUGGCUCGUUGUCUUCUGCCGAAGUCGCUUACAACGAUGCGAGACCUCACCUGCCCACCAACUCCCCACAGAUCCCCAGUCCCCUUUGUCAGUUGACCACAGUACAACAUGCGAGUAAAGCCUCUUGUUCUGUUGUUGAUACCCAAUAUCAUUCAGUUGAGUCUAAGGGGGAACUCAAGCGCAAAUAUGUCGACAGUGCCACCACAGCGACUGGUUCUAGAGACCAAACUGCUGCCCAGAUAUAUACCGUCCCGAUACUGCCAGAUGGAACAAUUUCAGGAUCAUUUUCGACAGAGUGGUCAGAGAUCCCGGACAAUACCUCAAUAAGAUCCCGUGGUGGCUGCCCUGCGCUCUCGCACAUCCCUAGCCCAUCCACCAAAUCCAAAAAGUCAAUCAGCUCGUCAUCUGAGCAAAGACUCACAGCAAAGGGUGUAUCUCGCCAUCACGAGUGUUGUAAAUCGGAUGGCACUCAACGUCUCGCCUGUCCCUUCUACAAGUACGACCCAAAGCGAUACUUCGCUUGUGUCUUGAAAGGCUUCGAUUCUGUCGGCCACUUAGGACAGCAUCUUAAAAACAAACAUAAGCUCGGACCGAUCCAUUGCAACCUCUGCUGGCUAACCUUCGACACGGCCAUGUCGCUGGCCCACCACGCACAGUACUGCAAGCUACCCACCGGGGGUGUUCCCGUCAACAGAUUGCCAGUGUUCCCGCGGAUGCGGCUGUCCAGGGAAAAGAAAUGGUACUGGGGCUGGAAAAAGCUAUUUGGAGAGGGAGCAGCGCCCCCGCCUUGCCCGUUCUCUCAUCCCGAGCAGGACUUCGGGUCCCAAGUUCAGGCACAGAAUCCAGGGCUGCCCAAUCAAUUAAUAAGAAGAGAAUUUAUGAACGAAAGGCCGAGCUACGUUAACUUCACAGAAGAGGAGGAAUGCUCAAACUCCUCUAAGUCGCCUGACCGGCGCUUUGCUGAAGAUGACAACUUGCUGACCAUGGCAGAACAUAUUACUAACAGGCUCCCAAAUAAUUUUAGUUUGUUCAGUGAUACGUCGCCGCCAGACUCUAUGUGGAAUUUAGGCUUCGAGAAUUUCUGACUAGCGCCUAAGGGUUGAGAAGGCUUUAAGAACUCGUCAUCACGGUAUCAAUGUUUAGUUUAAUGUUGCCAUAAAAAGUAAUGAUGAGAUAUGAUAAAGUUAAAGCACGAAUGUUUUGAGCAGUGGAGCAUACCAUGCACUUUCUCUAUUCCCCCUUAACAUGUAAUAUUGCAAUAGUCGAUCCUAAAUAUUAGUUCUCCUUUGGAAGCAUGAAGAAGCAGAUUUCUUAACACUUACCUAAAAUGUGAGUGCUAUUAGGUGCUUCAUGUUUGCGAUGGUCCCUUGUCUGCCAUAUUGAUAUCCCACCCCAAGCUUGUCUCAACCCCUUUUCUAAAACAGGGAUGCAUCUUUGUGAUACAAAAUGUCCUACUAAGUAGAUCAUAAGGGAGUUUCGAAACCUGAGAGAGAGAAAAAUUAGCGUUACCAUUCUGAGAGAGAAAGUCAAUUGUUGUCUUGUCAGUAUAUGGCAGCGUUGGGCACCUUGUAAAC